AUGUUGUACUUACUCAUAUUCGUACAUCUUGCUCAAUCUCAAAUGUUACAAUCAUAUUUUGAAUUAAAAGAUUAUGGGACACUGUUUGUUUCCGCUGAUGCGAUCGAAUUAUUAACCACCGUAUUUGUUGAAACGGAAGUUGUUUGCGCAAGUUUAUGUAAUGAAAAUGCAUCGUGUCGUACAUAUGAUUACGAUAAAUCAAAUCUUAAAUGUCGACUCUUUGAGGGUGAAUUAUCAACUGGAACUGUUAACACCACAGCUCCAUCAACAUCAAGAAUAGGCGCAGUGAGAUGUCAAUCAUCACUAUACUCAGCCUACAAUCAAAGUUGCGAUGCCUGUAAAAUGAAUCGUUAUUUAUUGUGUGUUAAUUCUACAUGCCGAUGUCCUCCGCAUACAUUUUGGAAUAAUGAAAUGUGUUUAAAUCAAUUAUACAAUGGAUCAAUGUGUCAGACAGACAGUUGGUGUAGAAACGAUAUGAAUCUAACAUGUUAUUCUGGUAUAUGUGCAUAUAAAAAACGGUGUUGCGAGCCAAAUAUAACAUUACUGCUCCAGAGAUUAACAAAUGCUUCACAAACAGUGGCAACAAACGUGUUUUCUCCAAGAUGUCUUCAGAUAGAUGAAAAUGGUUAUUUAAUUACCGUUGAAAACGUUAUCAAUGGAUCAUUUGUUCGAAUAAAUCCAGAUAAUUUACAAGUUAUUAAUAAAAUUCCCCUAUCAAAAACACCAUGCAAUGUAAUGCAUCAUGAUAGUUUUUACUAUAUUGAUACAAAUAUGAAUAAUUCUAUCAUGGUCUACGAUAAAAACAUGUCUCUUAUCUCAGAGAUAGAUAAUACCGCAUUGAGUCCAAGAGAUAUGCUCAUUAUUCAAAACACGUUAAUCGUUGCAUCAGCCGCCAAUAACAAAUUGUUAUUCUUUCAAAUCAACUCUUUAACGAAUUAUACACUAGUCAACUCAAUUCAAACAACAGGAACGUCCCCACACGGUUUAACAUAUGUAAACGAUACAUAUUUCUACGUGGUAUCAUUUGUUAGCAAUACGGUAUACUCGUACAGUAAAAUACAACCCUCAUCGACUAACUGGACAGAAGCAUUAUACAUUAAUAGCACAACUAAUGGGUUGGGUACUCAUAUGACUAUCGAUGACUGUGACAGGCGUUGGCUAAGUAUUGCUGAAUAUGGUAUUCGCAUUUAUGAUUUAGAUGGAACACAUCUAGCUGAUUGGACUAUUACAACCAUGCCAUUUGAUUUACUUAUUUUGAAUAAUUACGUAAUGAUCAUAACACUCAUAUUUAAUAAUACGAUGAUACGAGUGGAUCCACAAUAUCAAUGUAACUAG